GCAUAGGGGAAGAAGCAGAGUCGAUGCUUAUAAAGAGCAGCUAGCUUAUAAACUUCAUCUUCAUUCACAGGUGUGAUAUUAAGCCUGAUUGUUCUGAAGCAGAGCACACGAACUAGCUCUACAUUGGAAGAACUGACACAGACCUGCUGUCGCCAGAGAAGACAGUCGCAUCCUGAACUUGUGGAUUGAUGUAGCCUACAGUAGCUACAAUAUAGCGGAGUAUUGUAACGUUAAUGGCAAUGGAAUGUAAACUCUAGGCUAUACUAGACCAGAGGCCUGCAGCAUCCUCCCUUAAAACUAGAGCGUCCUCAGUGCAGUUGGAUUACCCCCCCCCCCCCCCCCACCGAACGCACACACCCCUAGUGAAUUUGACCUGACGGUGGAUACUACAGCUUCCAUCCAGACAGCAAACCAAAGGAUAGAGCGUUUUUAUUGCCCUUCUGUUACAUUAACUUUGCUUUGACUUGCAGGGUUCAAGGUUUUUUUUUCAGCCAUUUUGAACCAGUGGUUCUGUUUAUCACUCACAAUGAAGAUGGGUACAGCUGUCAUGGAGGCAGCAGACAUUGCUGUGGUGGUGCUGUACUUCAUCCUGGUGCUGGGCAUCGGGUUCUUCGCCAUGUGGAAGGCCAACCGCAGCACGGUGAGCGGGUAUUUCCUUGCGGGACGCUCCAUGACGUGGGUGGUGAUCGGAGCGUCCCUGUUUGUCAGCAACAUCGGCAGUGAACACUUCAUAGGCCUGGCGGGGUCGGGAGCAGCCAGCGGCUUUGCUGUGGGAGCAUGGGAGUUUAACGCUCUUCUCCUGCUGCAGCUGCUGGGCUGGGUGUUCAUACCUGUGUAUAUCCACUCUGGGGUGUACACCAUGCCGGAGUACCUGUCCAAACGCUACGGAGGCAAUAGGCUAAAGGUGUAUUUUGCUGCCCUUUCUGUGUUGCUCUACAUCUUCACCAAGAUCUCCGUAGACUUGUACGCCGGGGCGCUUUUCAUCCAGGAGUCACUGGGCUGGAACCUCUACCUGUCCAUCAUUCUGCUCAUUAGUAUGACCGCACUGCUUACGGUCACCGGCGGCCUGGUUGCGGUCAUGUACACGGACACCCUUCAGGCCGUGCUGAUGAUCGGUGGAGCUCUCAGCUUGACCAUCAUCAGUCUGAUCAAGGUCGGUGGUCUUGAAGGUGUUCGGACCAAGUACAUGCUAGCUGUCCCAAAUGUAACAGCUAUCCUGGCCAGUGGGAACUUUACCUACUCACCCUCCUGCCGCAUCGAGCCCAAGCCAGACUCUCUGAGGAUCCUCCGGGGUCCGCUGGACGAGGACAUCCCCUGGCCUGGCUUCCUCUUAGGUCAAACCCCAGCUUCCAUCUGGUACUGGUGUGCCGACCAGGUCAUCGUCCAGAGGGUGCUGGCUGCUAAGAACAUCGCCCACGCCAAGGGCUCCACGCUGAUGGCCGGCUUCCUGAAGGUCCUGCCCAUGUUCAUUAUCGUCAUCCCCGGGAUGAUUUCCCGGAUCUUGUUUGCAGAUGAGAUUGCCUGCAUUGGGCCGGAGCACUGCCUGGCUGUGUGCGGCUCUAAGGCGGGUUGCUCCAAUAUCGCAUACCCGCGGCUGGUCAUGGCAGUGAUGCCUGUUGGACUGCGAGGGCUGAUGAUGGCUGUGAUGAUUGCGGCUCUCAUGAGUGAUCUGGACUCCAUCUUUAACAGUGCUAGCACCAUCUUCACCCUGGACAUCUACCAGAGUGCUAGGCGUGGUGCUUCCCAUAAAGAGCUGCUGUUGGUGGGCCGGCUGUUUGUGGUGUUCAUGGUGGUCAUCAGCAUCGCCUGGGUCCCUGUCAUCAUCGAGAUGCAGGGCGGCCAGAUGUACCUCUACAUACAGGAAGUAGCCGGAUACCUGACCCCGCCCAUUGCUGCCCUCUUCCUGCUGGGCGUGUUCUGGAAGCGCUGCAACGAAAGGGGUGCAUUCUGGGGCGGUAUGACCGGGUUCGUGCUGGGAACCACCCGGCUGAUCCUGGCGUUUAUUUACCGCGAGCCUCCCUGUGACCAGCCAGAUGACAGACCUUUCUUCAUCACACAUGUCCACUACAUGUAUGUGGCUGCUGGGCUGUUCUGGGUGUCUGGACUGGUGGCUGUGGUCGUCAGUCUCUGCAACCCUCCUCCGGAUAAGGAGCAGAUCCGCACCACCACAUUAUGGGGCCUGCGUAACAUGGGAAAGCUUCUCCUCAAAGACCGUGAGGAGAUGUACAAGCUGACGGAUAAAAGCACUGUGCCGUUGAAUGGGAAUGGAGGCCUCUAUAAGGAUCUGCCCCCAGACGUCUGCAAUGCAAGGUGUCUAGAUGGGGAGGACAUCAAGCUGCUAGCUCCGCCUUCUGACCUUGACCCCGCGACCCCCAGCGCAGAGACAACCCCGGCAAUGACACCAGCAACGCCCGCCAACGAGUUUGAUAACAGGCACGCAGGGCUAGUGCAUGCAGAGGAAGGUGGUGCGGAUGAGGAGGGUGAGAGGUGCAUGCGGCUGUUGGAGUGGUUCUGUGGGUUUAAGGAAGCGGCAUAUGAUGCCCAUCCCAAAAGGACAGAGGAGGACGAGAGGGCCGUUAUGGAGAUGCUGUACGAGCCACCCAGAACCAAACUGCUGCUCAACUGUGGGCUGUUUCUCGUCUGCUCGUUGGGAAUAUUCCUGUUUGUCUACUUCUCUCUAUAGACUGGGCCAAAGGAGGGGCUGUUGGGGAUUGUUUCAAGGGCAGUUACAAUUUUCUAAUAUUUGUUAUGAAUCUGAAGUCUGUAAUAUUUACAGUGCAGCUUCCUAACAAGGAUUCACUGAGCUUUUUGAAAUCAUUAUUUUGAAAUGAUUGAAGCUUCUCCAUCUUGUCUCAUUCAAAUAAUCAAACACUUAAAAUAUAUCCUGUACCUGUGUCAUUUUUGUAAAGUACUUAUUGUUAAUGUGACUGACAAAAAUAUCUAUUGCGAUUUGUAGAAUUGUGGUAUUCUAUUUGAAUGUGUUUGGUGACAUUAGCCUUAUUUAUAUUCACUUUUUAUUUUUCCUUGAGGAACAGUUAUGUCUCUGUGCUAAAAGCAUUAUUGUGACCAUUGACAUUUUAGUGAUGUUAGCUAUAGCACACUUGUAUAUCUGGACAUCUAUGUACUGUAUGUGGUAUACUAAUAGUGUGUUUUGACUUACCAUAUACUUCUAUGCUACUGUAUGGUUACUAGAUCCUUAUCAGCAUAAGUGGUUAAGAUGAUGUAUGAAUUCCUUGUUUAUUACAGCUUAAUAGUGUGUUGCUGUGUUAUUCCACCUGAUUCUCUAUAGAGAAAGUUUAAGAUGGUUUCUUAAGGCCUUUUUGUUAUGCAGAGAUGACCUCAAAGUUACACUAAAGCCAUCACUCUACCACAGUGUUUUUUCUUCCUAUUAGCAUUAUACAUUGUUUGCAAACUUGGUGUUGAUAUAGUGAUUGCAAAUGCUUUGUGAGUGUUUACAAAAUUAUUUAGUUUUAAUGUUUGGACAAUUUUUUGUUUUUAUUUUCUGAUGUUUCCAAUUCUUAAGAAUUGCUGUAGAAGAUGUCAAAAUAAUGUUCUUGUUAAAUAUGAAGAUGAAAGUAUGUAUGAUAGUUUGUCAACAUGAACAAUUAUUAUUAUACACUGUUAUUGUAGCAUUGCAAAGAAAUGUAACAUACAGUAUCAAUGCUCAUAGUU